GCCAAGAUGGCGCUGGCUGUGGGAGCUCGGGCACCGCUGCGGCCAGAGCCGGACCCGGGAGCCCGGCUCUGAGUAUAGAGUAACGCUGUUCUGGCCGCGGGGCUGCCCCCGAGAGUUACCAGUUCCCGGAACCUCGGGGACACCUGCGUCCUUCCUCCCCGGCGCGUCCAUGAACUCCGUGUCGCCGGCUGCGGCUCAGUACCGCAGCGGGAGCCCGGAGGACGCGCGCCGGCCCGAUUGUCGCCGGCCGAGGGGACAAACACGGAUCCCGGAUCCCAGCAACCUGGGACCUUCGGGGUCCGGAGUGGCAGCUCUUGGCUCCUCUGGGACGGACCCCGCCGAGCCUGACGAGGUGGACAAGUUCAAAGCCAAGUUCCUGACAGCCUGGAACAACGUCAAGUAUGGUUGGGCAGUUAAAAGCCGGACCAGCUUCAGCAAGAUCUCCAGUGUUCACCUCUGCGGGCGAUGCUACCAUUUCGAAGGAGAGGGUGACAUCCAGCGGUUUCAAAGGGACUUUGUAUCUCGACUAUGGCUCACAUAUCGCCGGGACUUCCCACCCCUAGCUGGAGGCAGCCUGACCUCAGACUGUGGCUGGGGAUGUAUGUUACGAAGUGGUCAGAUGAUGCUGGCCCAGGGCCUGCUCCUGCAUUUUCUGCCUAGAGACUGGAGGUGGGUGGAGGGCACAGGACUGGCUUCCUCUGAAAUACCAGGGCCAGCCUCUCCCAGUCGCUACCGAGGGCCUGUUCGUCGUGGGCCUUCACGAUGGACCCAGGGUACACUGGAGAUGGAACAGGAUCAUUGGCACCGGCGGAUUGUUUCCUGGUUUGCUGAUCAUCCCCAGGCCCCCUUUGGUCUACAUCGGCUAGUGGAGCUUGGGCGGAGCUCUGGCAAGAAGGCAGGAGACUGGUACGGGCCCUCUGUGGUGGCACACAUCCUCAGGAAAGCUGUGGAGAGUUGCUCAGAGGUCCCCCGCCUGGUGGUGUACGUCUCUCAGGACUGUACAGUGUACAAGGCAGAUGUGGCACGCCUGGUGUCUUGGCCAGAUCCUACAGCGGAAUGGAAGUCUGUGGUCAUCCUGGUGCCUGUACGACUAGGUGGGGAGACCCUUAACCCUGUGUAUGUGCCCUGUGUGAAGGAGCUUCUGCGUUCAGAACUCUGCCUGGGCAUUAUGGGGGGCAAACCCCGGCAUUCACUGUACUUCAUUGGCUAUCAGGAUGACUUUCUGCUCUACCUGGAUCCCCACUACUGCCAGCCCACUGUGGAUGUCAGCCAGGCCAACUUCCCCCUGGAGUCCUUUCACUGCACCUCGCCUCGCAAGAUGGCCUUUGCCAAGAUGGACCCCAGCUGUACCGUGGGGUUCUAUGCUGGGAACAGGAAGGAGUUUGAGACACUCUGCUCGGAACUGAUGAGGUACCGUAGAAGGCAUCUCCAAGGCAUUUCUGCAAGAGAAGGAAAGAGAGGCCUAAGGGGCUGCAGCACCCACACACCUACAGGAGCUCAGCUGCACCAUGCCAAUGCCAGCACAAUUCACCAGCCUUACUGUUGUACAAGACAGGGUUUUAUGUAGGACAGGCUAACCUCAGACUAUGUACCAGAGGCUAGUCUUGACACUGUGUGAUCCAUUUGCUUCUAACCCUGAGUGUGGUGAUUGCAAGUGUGUGCUUUUAUUGAAAGUCUUGAAGCCCAAGCUGGUAGUCCUGCCUCAGAUUCUCAAUUGUUAGGAUUAUAAACCCAUGCCAACACACCCAACUUUGUGUAGCUCCAGAGUCUUCCAAGAAAUGGUCUCCUGUGUGCUGAGACCCUCCACGACACCACCUGUUAUCUAGGCUGCACUGAUUUCACACAACAGCUACAUCUCUGUAGGAUUCAGAGCCUGCCAUCACUUGUGCCCUACUACCCACGACAUAAUCGCUAGUCAGGACUCCACUGAGCUGUCAUCAUUCCUGAUAGGCUGAGAGAAAGUUUCCUCCAAGAUCCUACCUACACUUGACAUGGUACAUACCUGUACUCAGCAGGUAGAGGUUCAGCCCAGGGGAUCAUGAGUAGCAGGCUAGCCUGGGCUACAAAAUAAGCCUGUAACUCAGAUGGUAGGGUGCUGUCCCAGUAUACAUUAAAAGCCCAGUGUUGUCCAGACACUACAAUCCACAUCUGAGGCCACAGUUGUGAUUCUACAAGGACGCUGUGGCCACAUGUCUCCAUGGCUACUGUGAUCCAAGUCUAUACAGGGAUAUGUCAGGUAUAUGAUAGGAUCACAAUUACAAGGCAGUUGGAGCUGGGUACCCUGAAUUCUAAGACCAUAGAAACACAUUGCGGGCCUGCCAGAGGACAUGGUCCACUGUGCAUUUACUUUCAUUUUUUUCUGCCUUUAUUUUUACUCAGUAUGUAUGGAGUUUUGUUUGCAAUGUAUGCCUAUGCCACAUGCAUGCCUGAUGCUCCUAGAGGCCAGAAGAGGGAAUCAGGUCCCCUUGGUCUGUAGUUACAGUGAGCUAUUAGGUGACAUGUAGGUGAUGGGAAUUGAACCUUGGUCUUCUGGAAGAACAGCCAAUACUCUUAAAGGCUGAGAGCUAUCUCUUUAGGCUAUCUGUACACUUAUUAAAUAUUUUGUAUGUGCUCAA